AGGGGAGGAGGACAGACAGACAGAUAGACAGACAGACAGACAGGCGGGGGACCUGGAGGACGAGGAGAGCUGCCAGCAGAACAGCAGUCCAGUCCACGCGCAACCGGGACUCCUUCUGGCGCCAUGCGCGCGCGGAGUCAGAGAAGCGCGUGCUGAGUCGGACCGGUGCGGCUCCUCGAGACCUUCCCGGAACGCGACCACCGCCACCAUUACUAUCAUCAACAGGUGUGAAUGCCGUGUUGUGUUUCUGAGGAGACACAAAAAGCGCCACAGUUGGAAAUAUGAAUCAUUUCACUCGGAGACCGGAUAACUUCCCCGCGUACCGGAACUUUAGCGUUUUGUUCUUUCCCUCGCGGGAGUGUGGACUGCUUCAAGUAGCCGACUGAACUUUUUAUUUUAAAGAAUGUUUUAGUAUUUAUGUUCCGAGAGGUUCAGGCUUCUGUCGGCGCUGAUACAGAUGUGAUAUGAGCGAACUACUGCUGCACUAUCGACCAUAUCUCCGCUUUACAGCAGCUUCCCCGCCGCCACAGAGGCUGGAUAACAAACAGCUAUCAAUGCACUCCGAGCUCAAACUCUGUCCCGCGCACAACCUGACAUGUUGAUUCCAGUGUUGCUUGCCCCGCUCCUACUCUCUGAAGCAUUCAACGUCCUCACAAUAAACCUGAGAUUACAGUUCCCUGCUGGAAUACGCUCAGUGAGCAGCUCAAUUUUUGGAUGAGCUCUUUUGAAAUCUGUUUCAAAAGAUUCUUAUGAAACUCUAUCAAAUCAAUUUUGAAGGAUUCUCUCAAGAUAAGCCCUCAUGUUUGUGUGAAUAAACUUAUAUUUUCAGCAUUUUAAAAGCUAAUGAAGCCGCAAUCAUCCCAAUUUAAUGCUAAGAAGUAGGUGGAACUAUGAUUGCUUUUACAUGACAGGACUUGUGGGAGGUUGCUGCUGAAUAUGCAGGACAUAGUGGGGCCUGAUAUGCCCAGGAAAUCCCCUAUAUUUGAUGGCUUUGGCCUCUUAUGGGGCUUGCUCUUUGGAUUAUUCAUGGCAAAUGCACCAGUGAUGGCUUGUCCAACCAGCUGUCACUGUAUAGAGAAGAGUGGCAUGACCGUGGUCCAGUGUAUGUCUCGCAACUUGGAGAAGAUCCCAUCAGAUCUACCAAGAGAUACUGUCGUCCUACUUUUGGCAUCGAACCACAUCACGCACAUCCCCAACCACGCCUUCAAAGAACUGCACUACCUUCAGGAGCUUGACCUGUCUAACAACGACAUCGAGACGGUGGACGUCGGAGCUUUUCAAGGCGUUUCUGACAGCCUCCUUGUCCUGGAUCUAUCGAACAAUCGCAUCCAACGUGUCCCCAAAGAGGCAUUCGCCCGUCUACGAGCGAAAAUCAGCCUCUCGAACAACCCAUGGCACUGUGAGUGUACACUGCAGGAGGUCCUGAGGGAGCUGCGGCUGGACCCCGAGACUGUGAAUGAGGUGAUCUGCCAUACAGCGGUGCAGGAGGAAUAUGCAGGCAAACCGGUAAUCCAGGUGCUGGACUCAGGGAUCAACUUCUGCAACUUUCACCACAAGACCACCGACGUAGCCAUGUUCGUCACCAUGUUCGGAUGGUUCACCAUGGUGAUCGCGUACGUCAUCUACUACGUGAGACACAAUCAGGAGGACGCUAGGAGGCACCUGGAGUACCUCAAGUCACUGCCCAGCAGCUCCCAGAUCAGCAAAGACUUUGACACCAUCAGCACUGUUCUCUAGCAGGGCCACGGCUCAGAAGAUGUGGUGUGUGUGUGCGUGUGUCUGUAAAUACGUGAGUACAUUUCUGGUUAUGUACAAAAUGACUUAAAAGCCUUUACAACACAUACUCACUCAGAGUUUCUGAGCACAUUAUUUGAGGUCUUUCAGUGGAACAAAAUGGGUAGUUUUUGAUUUUUUUCAGCCUUAUGAAGGAUUUUUUUUGUGGAGGUCUAAAACAUAUAUUUAGAUUUUAAAUAUGCUUUAAUCUAGCUCUACAACCAGACAGGGAAACAGUGAUAGCACAAAAUAAAGAAAAUACUUAAAGUCACAUUCAAGUCACAGAUGAAACCUCUAGACUAGAGAGAUAAAUGUUCCCAGUCGGGUGUCGAUCCACAGCGUGAUUGAAUUUGGACUGAGACGAAUGAGGAGGACGACUGUGUCUCCCAGUUACUUUGUAUUGAUUGAUUUACGUUCUUCAUGUGGCACUGUCAAAGUAAAGGGCAUUUUUACGAGGCUUUGGCUAAUAUAAUAUAUGAAGUAGGGCAAGGUGCUGACGUUCAGUUUGCAUAACACAUGCAUAACAGCCCUGCCUCCAAUAAACCUUCCACAUGAAACUACUGAUCCAGGAAAUAAGGUUACUCUGCAACCGCUGCAUUGUGUCACAUUAAAGACAAAAUGUAGUCAAACAAGGAAAAGUUGCCAUACUCUUGCAGCUCUGAUGUGUUGAAUCCGAGAAAUGGUCUGAAUAAGCAUUUCGUCAUACCUUGCCAAGAAUGUUAACACAUCUACUUCAUUACCUGGCUAUUCUAGCAUCGAAGGCUCUAGACUGAGAGGGGUGAACUUGACGAACAAAUCUUUUUAUUUUCAAUUUGGCACACUACAAAUUGUCAUAUUCUCAAUAUAUGAACUCAUAAUUUUUGCACACUGUGAAGAUAUGCGUGUUUUACCAGUCCAGUUUUCACUUUUGCAAUUUCAAUAUAAAAAAUAACAGAACGCUGCAACAAUCAUUGAAAGUCUUUUGAAAAGCUGCUGUGAAAUCAGGCAUUUUAGGCCGCAGCAAUCCCCCAAAAAGCCUGCAAAAUCCUGGAGAUUCUCAUUCAUAGCAACCAUGCAGCGAAAUGAUCAUCCCCUUGAAGUCGUGUGUUCACCUGAUUAUUGUAAGUCUAGUAUUCACUCCCUGUUAAAAUGUGUUUUUGUCUCCGCCAACUCCAAAAGAAAAAAAAAAGUCUAGAUGUUAAACUUUUCCUCCCUUGCCUGUAUAGUUUGUGGUUUAGGUAGUGUGCAGUGGGUUUAUCAGUGUUUAUCAGUGCUGAUAACAGCAGGGUUCGAUCACAACUGAGAGACAUCGAUCACAGGGGCUCGCAGAGGAACAGAUGCACACACCUCCUGGAUCUCAGCAACGUUUGUUUGAGUCAGCAUAUCCAAACCCCUGAGCGCGUUUUCCUACGUGCAACCCAGUAAAGCAUAAUUCCAGCCUUAAUGUGGGAGCCAUAACAACCAAAUUAAUGAGCCUAAAAGAGGCUAAAAAAGCUCACAGCUGAGUGAUAGUGCUCUGUGACCCCUUUUACGUUGCACAUUGUCAUUUGAUUCAAUAUUAAAGCCCUGUGUGAUACAGCUGAUGCAGUAGUAGCGUGCUGGGAAGAUGGCUAGAAAUCAACUGCAGUGUGUUGUGAAUGUCACGGUUGUUAAAGAAACAUGCAAAAACAUGUAUGGUAACAAUGUCGUUUUCUCUGUGUUCAUUAUUUCCUGUGUAGGACUACAGCUGCCACUGGUGUAUUAUCCAGUACAGCAUACAGAAGUACAGCUCUAUGUUUUAUUACAUCCUGGUGGAGUCAGUUACAUCACAGGAGAAAAAAAAACAUCACAAAGAAGUUAAAUAUCAAAAAGUAGUGAUUAGUGCAGCUUUGUUCAGAGUGGGGUCCAGAUUUACUCUAUGUAUGAAUGUAUUUAUGUUGAAUGUCAACAUCCAGAUGUGUCAACAGACACCACAUGGUUUAUGUUAUUUGUGAACCACAGCAACUACAAAUAGCUGAAUUCAAACGUCACAACCAUAACUACUGUUGAUUUGAUUGUAGCACAACACAAACUGAUUAUGUAUUUAACUGCUUAUGGGUUAUGUUGCUGGUCAGGAGUUGAUUGUGUCCAAGUGCCUACUCUCGGGGACUUCUACACCGUAGCACUGUGCACAAAGUCGGACAACUGAGUGUCAUGUCCUCGCGCGGGUCCCCCCCCCCGCCAUUGCAGAACUCAAAGGCAGUUACAGCGUAUGCCUAGCCAGUUUCUGUGCAGGGCAGGGGACCUGAGUCAUAAAGGCGUCAAAGCCCAAUUUCUCAGAUGGGUGGAUUUUUCCAAGAACGGACAAGAACGAGUGCCAGGAGACAAUGACAGAAAAGUUGAUUGAAAAUGAUUGUUGCUUUUCUGUGAUUGACAACUUACUGUACCUGUCCUCCUGUGGUGAUUCCCACUCAUCUCGUAGUUCAAACAGGUUAAAAGAAACACAAAUAAUUGUUUGCAACUAAUACUUGACUUACUCUAGAUAGAGACUUGUUUUUAAUUUUGCAUACUGUAUUUGCAUCUGACAGAAUAGUCUUUUUUAUACUAUUGUAGGUUAAUUUGUUACAGAAGCGUCUAUCUGUGUGUGCAGUUUUGACCUGUCAUAUAACAAUGUUUGUGCUGGCCAGUGUGUACCUUUUACAGUAGAAAGAAAUGCACACGCCGUUUGUGUUGUUACUUUGUAGAAUGUGUCCUCAGCUUAAUCUACAUCAAAGUGUUUGUAUGCCAUUCAGAGCUUUCAACUGGUCAAUGUCGUUUCUUCAACUGUAGAAUAAUUGGUCUAUGAGCUGUGUAUUUCUGUGAUGGAAAUGAAAGGGCUCCAAUAAUUUUGUUUGUGAUAAUAAUAUCAAUUUUCUAUCUGUUUCAGUAAAUACUGUGUGUUUGUUUUGUUCUCUGGAUUUCAAUGGACACCUUACCAGCAUUUGAAAAUAAAAAUUCUUUUCCAAGACA